AUGGAUAAGAAUUCAAAAGACAAGUCUAAAGAAGACAAAGAGGGAGGCGGAAGUGGUGGAGAAGUGAAAUACCGGGGAGUAAGGCGGCGGCCGUGGGGAAAAUUCGCAGCGGAGAUUCGGGAUUCGAAUAACAAUGGAAACAGAUUGUGGCUGGGGACAUUUACCACUGCUCAAGAAGCAGCAAGAGCAUACGAUCAAGCUGCUUUUAAUAUGAGAGGUUCUUUGGCAGUUCUUAAUUUCCCUCAUGAAUAUCCUGCUCUAUCGGCUUCUUCUUCGUCGUCGAAUGUGAAGAGAAGUGAUGAUGAGAAUUCGAAAGUAGUAUUCGAAUUUGAGUACUUAGAUGACAAGUUGUUAGAGGAUCUUCUUGAAUUCGAAGAAAAAAAGACCGGAAAAUAGUCAAUUUUUCUUUUUUUUCCCCCUUGUAAUUUUAAUAAUCACUUUUUCUUACAGUUUCAUGUGCACUUUUGGACUUUUUUGGGGAAAUUAAGGUAACAUGUGUACUAGUUAAGGAUACUGGUUUUACUUUG